CCAUUGCAUCCCUUCGCUGCACAUGCUGGCUUGAGCACUCCAUCCUCUCUCCCUCCAACUUCGUCUAGGGCACCAGUGGUCCAGUGCACACAUCCAGGGAGAUCACAGAGAGAGUCCUGACGAUGGCGUCUCGAUUGAGAUCGACUCUCCCCCUCAUCCGCUGCAUCACCAGGACCUCCCCAGGAUCUCAUGCUCCUGUUCUCGCUGGGAGAUCUAUGAACUAUGCAACUACUGCAACACCAAAGAAAGAUGUAGAUGUCAAGGUACCUUUUGCUUUAUUUGGUGGGUCUGGAAACUAUGCUUCUGCAUUGUUUAUUGCAGCAUCAAAAGCUAAUGCUUUGGACAAAGUUGAAGCGGAGCUUCUUGAUGUUGUUGCUGCUUCCAAGAAAAGUCCAAUCUUCUCACAAUUUAUUAAGGAUUUAUCGGUGCCUGGAAAGACUAGGCAGAAGGCUGUUGAAGUUAUAUUUUCUGAAGCUGGCUUUUCAAAUGUCACAAAGAACUUCUUAGCUAUCUUAGCUGAAAAUGGAAGGUUGGGAUCCAUUGAGAGCAUUGCCCAAAAAUUUGUGGAGUUGACAAUGGCACAUAAAGGGGAGGUGAAGGUUAUUGUGACAACUGUUAUUCCAUUGCCAGCUGAAGAGGAAAAGCAAUUGAAGGAAACCCUACAAGAGAUACUUGGGAAGGGAAAAACUGUGAGGCUAGAACAGAAGAUUGACCAGAGCAUUCUAGGAGGCUUGGUGGUUGAGUUUGGACAAAAGCUCUUUGAUAUGUCAAUAAGGACUAGAGCAAAGCAGAUGGAGAAAUUUUUGAGGGAUCCCAGCAUCUUCGAUAGCCUCUGAAAAGAUUCAUAAUUAAAUCAGGAAUAGUUUCAUCUUAUUACUGCGAUUACUUGGUUUUUGUUGGAAAGAGUGUCCCAUCUUUGACAAUCUGUCUUUCCCUUGAAAAACACCCUUCCCUUUUACAUACUAUCCUGAAAUAAUGGAAUCGAGCUUUUUGCUCCGUUCUGAUUGAAAUCUGAAGGUGUUCCUGGCUCUGUUACGGGAGGCAUUGUUAUCAGAAUUCACAAUUGGAUGGGCAGAGACAUUGGAAUUGCUGACAUGCUUCGUAGCUGGCUUUUAGUAUGUUAAGCAGAUAAUGGUUGUUAAUAUUUAUUUGUGAAUAAACACUGAACCAGAUUCGACUCAGCAGUAGCAUGUUCAAGCUAGAGUCAUUGUGCCCAAAUUUUUUUCUGUGUUGGUGAUGCUAAAUUGGUGGAAGUGUUUACUUGGUAUGAUA